AUGAGCGGAGCGCGGACACAUUAUACGUGCCCCCUCUCCUUUGUGCAACUCGAGGCUGACCGCGUUCUUCUAUUAUCGGCGUGCUCUCCCUCGCGAGGCGCCACCGUGUCAUACUCCUCCUCACGCUUUCAAACUCCGCCCCAUUCGCCUGUCGUUCCUCAAUUCGCCUCACGCCCAUAUCUUUGCACCCCCGCGACCCACCGCCCCCUCCUUUUCCUCUCCCCCCCCCCCACCCCCUCCCCUUCUCCCCCCCUCUCCCUCCCCCACCCCCCCUUUUCCCCCUCUCCCCUCCGUCCCUCGAUGUCCUCCCCCUCCCUCUUUCCGCAAUCCCCGACUUCCCCCGCCGCAUACCGUCGCUCACGCGUGCUUUUCGGCGACGACUUUCGACGUCAUUUGCCGCUCUUCGGCGACGACUUUCGUCAUUCUUGCCCUUCGGCGCGCAGCCUCCUCAAUGUUCUCUUCCUCCUUUCAUCCCUGCAUCCCUUUGCCCCCGUCCUUCCUUCCCUUGCUAUCCCUCCCUCCCUCCUCACCUCACCCCCUCCCUACUCUCUCUCUCUCUCUCUCUCUCUCUCCCCCGCCUCUCUCCUUCUCGCCUCUCUCCCUCCCGUCACUCUCCCACCCGCCUCUCUCCCUCCCGCCCCUCUCCCUCCCGCCUCUCUCCCUCCCGCCUCUCUCCCUCCCGCCUCUCUCCCGCCCGUCUCACUCUCAACCCCCCCGCCCCCUCUCCCCGUGGACUCAAUAUUUUUCCCCCUUCUCCCCACCCCCUUUGCCCCCUCUCUCCGCGUGCAGAAAAUCGUGUACGUGGGAGGCAGCUCCGACCGGUUGGUGUCCCCAUGGGGCUUCGCAAUGAAGGACUGGAAGGCGCCCAAGGUGCUGCCUGGCGACAGCCUAGUGUUCCAGUGGUCGGGCGAGGUGCACUCGGUGCACAAGGUGAGCGCGGCUGAGUACGCUGCAUGCACGUUUGUGAAGGCGAAGCAGCUCGCUCGCAACCGCAACUACGGGAGCUACUGGUACAAGGUGAACUGGAGGGAGUUCGGCAAGACCCUCUACUUCAGCAGCAAAGCCAACAAGGACUGCAGCCUCGGGAUCAAG